AUGAAGAUCCAAUGUGAUGUUUGUGAAAAAGCUGAGGCUUCUAUGUUUUGUCCUUCAGAUGAAGCUGCUCUUUGUCAUGGAUGUGAUUUUACUAUCCACCAUGCUAACAAACUUGCAACCAAACAUUCUCGUUUCCCUCUUGUCCACCUCAACUCCAAGGACUACCCUCUUUGUGAUAUCUGUCAAGAGAGGCGUGGAUAUCUAUUUUGCCAAGAAGAUAGAGCGAUUCUAUGCAGAGAAUGCGACGUUCCAAUCCAUAGAGCAAAUGAACAUACACAGAAACAUAGCAGGUUUCUUCUCAGUGGGGUGAAGCUUUCAAGCAAUUCUAUGGACACAGAUACAUCAUCCACCAAUAUCGGUUCCUGGUAUUCGAAACCAAACAUAAUACCAAGAUCAGUUUCCAAUGAAAAUGCGAGUUCUUCUGGUAUGGUUGAAGACAACAUGGCUAGUGACACUGGUUCAGUUUCAACAAGCAGCAUUUCUGAAUACUUGACAGAAACAAUACCUGGUUACUGUUUUGAAGAUUUUCUUGAUGCUUCAUUCCCACCAAAUGGUUUCUGUAAGAAUCAUUAUUCAUUACUUCAGCACCAAGAUCUUCAUGUUAACAAGUUUAAGGAUGGAGUUAAGGAAAUUCAAGAAGUUUAUGGAUGUUCAGUCCCAGGAACUGGUGCUACAUUCUUAAAAAAAUCUAGAAACUGCUUGUAA